AUGAAAUGCGGAUCGAUGAACACUGGUACGUCGACGAUUCUUGCGGCUAUCGCAAUCCUAUUCACCUGCCGAUUUAUAAUAGUGUCAAUUCUUCAAGUAAAGAGAAGAUAUGCCCAUCUUUGGGAAGAGCUUCUGUUAAGACGCUGCGAAUCCAUUGUCGAUUAUGGUUUGGCCAUUCUAAAAUUCAUUACAAAUUUCGACGACCAUCUCAAAUAUUCAUCAAAUCCAUCAGCGCGAAAUUUUCCAUUAGUCCUUCAUGGCGAUGGCGAUGGUGUUGGUGUUGGUGGUGAUGGUGGCGCAUCGAGAAAAGUCAUGCCCGACCGACAAGUCAAGUGCUUCUGCGAUCGGGACUCAUGCGAUGAUAAUCUACUCUGCCACGGCGAAUUCUGUUUUAUCGGCUUGUAUCGAAACGACGAUGGAGACGUUCCACGCCUUCGACAACACUGCGGAACCGCCGACGAUCUUCCUUUCUUGAAUCGACACGUCGCCUGCCAGGAACGGGUUGAGCAAUGGCAAGAGGUAUGCCGUUGUACUGAUGACUUCUGCAACACAUUCGCCUUCCUUCGCUCAUCGAUCGACACACGCCAGGAUCCUCAGGAUCUGGUGCAGUUCACGAAGCAGGAUCAGCCUUAUCCGAAUGUUCCCGAGCAUCGAUCGCAUGAUGUGAUUGUCCGCCAACAAAGCAGCUCUCUCAUUAUCCUUCUAGUCAUUAUUCCAUUGUCUGUUGGCGGAUUCGCUGUAUGUCUCAUAUUUCUGAAUUAUCAUUGCAAAAUGUGCUAA